CGCCCCGACAAAGCCGGAGGCUCGGAUGUUGUCAGCCACACCCCCUACUCCGACGGCCGCCCCGCCGGCGCCGCCCGCCGCGCCGGCGCCGACGGCGGCGCCGGCGGCCGGCGCCUUUGGCCGCGCGAGAGCGGCGCAUGCGCUGCAGACAAGGCCGAGAGCGGCGCGGCCGGAGGCGGCGGCUGGUGGCGGGGGCGGGGAACGUAUUGGGGGACGUGA